GAAAGGACCUAAACUGAAGCGGAACAACGAGGAACAUUCAUGAAAGCAUGAGGUGGCUCUUAGACAGCAGCUGGAAGAAAUUUGGACACGCUGACAGAGGAAACUAUGACUGGUUAACUAGUGAGCCAGGUGUCCCAUUGCUGGAAACACAGCUACAGGUCUGUACACAGCUCUUUCUGCUCCAUUCAAGAAUUUACAAUUUCUUCUCUUAAGAGAGAUGACUAAAAGACAGUUUUGAUAGAAUUUGGACCAUGUAAUAUCAGAUAAGCUGACUUUCAAGGGUGCGGAGAUGCAAUCUUCAUUUUAUUCUCUGUUCUAGGGCCUCAUUUUUCUGUUCAACAACUUGAGAGAAAAGGGCAUUAUGUAGACAGAGAUGCUAAAAGUUUAGUCCAAAACUGAUAAUGGGUUACAAAAUGAGAUAAUUGUUCUUUCAUCUGUCGUUUUCUUUCAAAAUGCAUCCCUCCUUGUCUCUCCUCCCACCCCAAAUCUCUCUCUAUCUCCCUUGAUCGGGUCUCUGCAAACCCUUCCACAGAUGUUAGACUGAAGUGCUGAACUCUUAUUCUCUAAGCUGCGCAAAUUACUUCACAGAGUGUAGGGAACUGGCAAGGGGAGGGAGCGGGAGACGUCUGUCAGAAAUGAAAACACUGCCCUGAAUGUAAAGAGGGAGAGUUCAUAGAGAAUGAAAGAGACUUAAAAGGUCACAUUUAGCCCUGGAGUAAAUUAAUAUCCAAGGAUAAACAUUUAAUACAGAAGAAAUAACUUUGUCCACACUCCCUAUAGAAGGUACUAACCAUGCUGAAUAAAAAAAUAAAUCUGUCUUAGACCAGCAUGUCUGCAAUUAAGUCAAUUAGCAGUGCAAUCCUAUGCAUGCCUACUCAGAAGUAAGUCCCACUGAGUAGAUCCAUUUGUGACAGGACCAAAACAAUAGAUUGUAUAUGACAAUAAACUGAUUUCUGCUGCUAUCGCCUCAACCAAAACAGCCCUCAGUUAAAUGCAAAUAUUCAAUAUGUGGGAUUUUCUAGGCUCACUCACAUAUCCAUUUGUUUUUCAUUCACCAACACUUGAUUCCAUUCACUUGGUGGAACUUUUGAAAUAUAUUGGGUCUGAGUUGCCACUAAAUGAUACAGAACCUCUGCCUGUGGUGAUAAAUAUGUGACAAUUCAUGAGCAUAUUCACAUCAUUUACCUGAUGUGAAAGUCAAUGGGAUUUAUGAAUGUGCAUUUGUGGACUGGACCUCUGUUAAAAGUCACUUCACAUUAAAUCUUGCAAUUUUCAUACACAAAUCAUUCCUGCUUUUGAAUGAAACAAUUUCCGCUCUACGCACAAUUCUGCUUUUAAUUAUUAAUUCCAAGUGGAACUAGCCCCCUACCCACAGUGGUCACACAAGCAGGUUUUUUCCAGAGGUAAAACUAGUUAACAAAGAAAUAAAAUUGUUUUUCUUACCUCCAUAACAGGACUAAUACAUUCAUGAAUGUGUAGAACAACUUGCAAAAGCAGAGAGUCCCAUGCAGACUUGGGGAUAAGCACACUAUAUAAUAUGGUAUCUGAAUUCUUACCCUCUCCCCUCACUGAAAGUGCACCCUACCCAUUCAUUAGCUUAGGCAUUCCAGUUAGAGAAAAGUUUGAAUUGCAUGUGUUUUUAGUUUGUCGCUUCUGAGUAUUACAUAAUACGUAGAAUUAUAAUUAUGUGCCCAGCUAAUAGCUCCUAGUCUCUAUAUAUUUCCGUACCUAGGGGUGGUAGAGUAAUUCAGUUGCAAAUUUGCACUUCCCAAAACAAUACAUGUACCAAAAUAAGUUGUCCUUUGAAAUUUGCACUUCUCAGAAUUUUGCAAUACAGUUCUCCAGUCAAAAAUGUGUAUGAAACACUGUACCUUAAGGAAACAUGUGCAUAAAAACACGUGUUCAUUAAAAUAACACACAGCAUGUGUUAUGUUAGGGAAAAUUCAUUGCAAAAAUGUGCUUAUUAGGAAAACAAAUUGAACACAAAUGCUGAUGAAUUUUCUUGAGGGUUUUCUUUUUUAAAAAUGCAAUGCAGAAAAGUGGUAAACUGAACUUGAGGCUGGAAAAAGGAAAAACUGAGAGAAACAAGAAUUGAUAGCUAGCCUGUUGCUAACUGUAAUUAAGCCCAAGUAUGCAUUACUGAAAUAAUAAAAUAUUAUUCCCUUGCCUACCCCUGCCUCCAUUUUCCUCCUCUUCCUCUGCUGUUUCCCUGCGCCUGUUUUAUAUUAUAAACUUCUUCCACAUAUGUUCUUUGUAAAGUACAGAGAUGGCACUAUAUCAAUAGAUAAUAUUAGGAAAUUGGGCAAAUCAGCUUCUUCUACCAAAAUGACAUGUCUCUUAUCGCUGAUAUAUUUUCCCCAAAUUGUUUUGUCAACCAAAAAGCAUAACCAAAGUAUCAUAGCUGUCAACUUUCCCCCUUUUUUAAGGGAAAUUCCCUUUUUCCGAAUAGGAUUCCUCGCAAGAAAAGCGAAAAGUUGACAGCUAUGCAAAGUAUUAGGAGGGAUGCCUGAUGUAAAAUAAAGAAAGCACAAAAUGAUAAGAUUUGUUUCAUGAAAGAGAACCUAGGUUAAAAACCCAGGCAAUUUUAUCUUUUUUAAGAAGUGAAAGAUAUUUGAGAAAGGUAUUGCUUCUCUUAGUGUACAUGCACAUUUCUUUUUCCACAGCGUUACAUAUGAUUUUGUAGAGUUGUGAAAAAUACGAAAGCCUGCAAAUGUUCACUAAAAUCUAUUUACCAGAGUUAAGUGGAAUGAGUGUACUUAUCGCACUCCACACAGUGAUUUCCCCCUCCCCACUUUGUCUGAAAAAUAUAUGAUCUGUCUCCAGCCUCCAUUAUAUCAGCCUCCCAAAAGCAACAUUUUCAGUCAUCAGCACGCUGACUAUGAUAAAGUUUUCUGCAUCUAUAAAGCACACAAUAUUCAAGCACAUCUGACGACUCAUAUUGAAAAUCUAUGCAACAAAUGCUUUCACUGCUCCCGCAUUUGGAAAUAUUGAUUCUGCUUUCCCUAGUGAGGUAUAAAAAACAGAGGGUAGAAGGCGCACUUAAGAGUCAUUUGGAAUGCAUCCUGUUUGUGAUUCAGCCAUUAGGCUGCAAUUUGUACUAAAAUGGAAUGGAAGAGAAAAGUCACAGCUUUCCUUUAUCUCAUCCACCUCUCCCCACUACCACCAACCAUAUUGCAAAGCCUUUAAGGAAAACUGUAAUUGAUCUCACAAUUCAUUGUGCCAGUUAUUUACUACUUUUUUUGCAAUUUCCUGGUAUUACAGUAACCAAAACUACAAUGUGCUAUAAACAUGUAUCAGGUGGGGAUGCCCAUCUCAUACUUUUAAUUGAAGCCUUUUAAAACUCCCACUUCCUUCACCAUGACCCAAUGGCCAAAGGUUUCUUCAUCACAGCUUUGCUAUCUCUGCUCCACUCUUGGUGCAUAAUAAACUUUUGGCGGGCACCAAACCUUAAAUCAAUAUUAAUUUCAUUAUUCUACUAUUUCUACAAAUUUCCCAAAAGUGAUAAUUAAAAUAGUGUGAUUUUACUUCAUUGUAUGUGUGUUUUUAACUGAGUCUAUAGCACUUUACUCAAAAACAACCAUGAGCACUAGUUUUUCCCUCUCUAUAUUGAGUUCCUAGUGCAAUGUGGGAAUGUUCAUGCUCAGUGCUAUUUUUCUAGAAAAAGAGGUGCUAGAACUGUUCUUGAACGCCUCCCUUGUUCUCUUACAAUGGCAAUGGCACCCACCUGAGAGGUGCCGGAACUGAGUUCCGGCUGGAAAAAAGCCUUGUUCACGCUGACUUGAUUUCAUGAUGCCUAAGUGCAAAAGGCACUCUGAUAGCAAGGAGAAGACUUUCCUUCUUAGUGCACAUUGUGCAUAUUUGAUACAAUAUUGCAAUAAUACUCCAAAAGAAAUUACACACAAUAAAGAUAUCUAUGUGCUGCCUUGAUCUAGGAAUGAAUGUCCUGAAUAUAUGCUUUGAAAAGGAAUGAGCACUCGCGUGUUUACCAUGUGCACACACAACAGGAAGCUGUGACUGGCUUCCUAUUGCAUGCACUGCAGACACAGCUGCAUUCAUCAUAGGUAAUAUUGUGUAUAUUUUCUCAUAUGGAAUUGCCAAUCAGGCACUGGGCAUACCAAAUGCUAUCAAUUGGUUUUUGAAGGCAUGACGUUUGUUCGAAUGGAAUGUGCACUUAGACACAACUUAUGUAUUCUAGAGUGCUAGCACAGACUUGUGUCUAUAUAUGGGAGGGAAAGCAAUGCAAAAGCAGCUGAACUUAUAUACAUGUCAUGGGGCUUAGGGGUUGUGGUCUAAGAUUAUUGUGCAGCAACAAAUGCAAGGAUAAAAAUCAAUAGCAUCCUUCAGCCUGACUAUAUAUCUUCCCUGGUCUUUCCUUAAUCCACCCUCAUUCUGUUUAUUCCAUACAAGAUCAUCAACAGUUAUCCCUCCUGUUUUUUAAGCCACAUUGCUAUCCUUCAAAAUUAUUUCUAAAUGCCUCUUCCUCUGCGACCUGACUUUCCUCUAAGUUUAUGUCACUUACUGUCAGUCUCUCUAUGCCUUAUUUCAUUGGUCACUAAGUUUUCUCAGCAACCACUGCAUCACCUCUAUGUUCUGCAUUCUGAUAGUACAGUGGUAGCUUGGGUUACAUACGCUUCAGGUUACAGACUCCGCUAACCCAGAAAUAUUACCUUGGGUUAAGAACUUUGCUUCAGGAUGAGAACAGAAAUCGUGCAGCGGCGGUGCAGCGGCAGCAGGAGGCCCCAUUAGCUAAACUGGUGUUUCAGGUUAAGAACAGUUUCAGGUUAAGAACAGACCUCCAGAACGAAUUAAGUUCUUAACCUGAGGUACCACUGUACUAAAUACCAGGAGGUAUUGCCUAUAGGAGGAUUGCCGGUUGCUGAGCAUUAAUGGAAAACCAAAGCAAUUUGGGGCCAUUUGUACUGGCAAGCAUCCUCAAUGUGACUCCUCUCAGCCAGAAAGGUUGUUUAGGCGAGUGUGAGCUGGCAUUCUGAGGACAGACAGAAUUCUAUUCUGUUCUGUGGACAGGUACUCCCAACAGUAGGUGUGCAUUCACAGAACACUGGCUUCCUUGUCAGACAUCAAUACACAUGUCCUGUACCAGGACUGACUGAGAGGAAUAGUGUAGAUGACUUGUCAUGGUCAGAUCACUUCCUGUUGAGAUUUAGGCUUUCAGCACGCUUUCCCCCCCAGCAGAGGUGGCAGAGCCAUAGCUAGGUGAUCUUGCACCCCUGGCAGAACGGUCCAGAUUGCACCCCCUAGGCAUGGACAAAUUAGCUCUUAUUUCCACCUCUCCUCCAACCCCAACCCCCUUCUACCCAUUCAAUUCACCCUCUAUUUAAAGCCAUUUCUUAUGAGGCAAUAAUCAAUAUUUAUAUUUAUGGACAUAUUUUUAGCCAAUUUUGCACCCCCCAUUGCCUGCACCCCUGGCAGGGGCCCACCACACCACCCCCUAACUACGGCCAUGAAGACCUAUUAGGAUGGUUUGCCCUCAGAGGCUGGUGGAUCCAAUGGGUUUCUGGAUGGCUCUGGGAAUGCCAGAGGUUCAUCAUUUGCCCUUUUGUGUUCUGCACACCUCCAGAAGAUAGAAGUGUGGGACAUUUUCUGGGUUUGUGGGCAGAAAGAUCUUCAUAGAAGCAGUUUAAAAAAAAAAAUUCAAGAGAGAAAUAUGGCAUGUGCUCAACAGCAUUCUCAUUUCUCAUUGAAAACAAGACCUGGGGGGGCAAUUCUAUACGCAUAUUUGUAACUAAGCGCCAUUGAACUCAGUGGGACUAUGUCUGAUUAAAUAUGCAUAGAAUUGCCUUGCAGAAAUGUUUAACUUGGGAUUCAACUAUACAGCUGCAAAUAAAACAUUUAAAUGUGUUGUAAAGUGCAUUAUACAAAUGUGACACUAGAUGGCGAUGGUGAGCUAUGGCAAAGUCAAUAUUUUUUUCAAAACAGUUUUUUUUGUUGUUUUUUAACAAAAAAAAAAGCAUUUUCACAGCAUUUUUAAUAUGUGUCUAGAUUCCACUUUGGUAUGGAUUGUGCCUUGCUAUUUUUCUUGACCUGCUUUAUUUCAUUGGCUGUGGUGCAAGAUUAAAACUCCCUUUUUAGUAGAAUAACCAGUAGCUAUUUCUUCAUGUCCUCUAGCGCAACCUGGUUUUGUUUCUGUGCUGUAACCUGAGCUGAUGAUAAAAUGAGGUGUUGGCAUUCCCAAAUGCCUGAUAACGUUUUUCUUCUCUUGGUUGCUGUUUCAGAGUCAGCACAAAACAAGCUCAACCAAAGAAGACAUUGAACCAUUCUUAUGCAUCAUCCUGCCGGCUACCAUGAUGCUCUUUCUGGCAUUCCUGUUGCUCUUCCUUUACAGACGCUGCCGACGUCGUAACCCUCAGGCUCAGAUCUUCAGCAUUGACCUCCCAGAGUCCCUUCCAGAGCAUGAAGUGACUGACUUUCUCUCAGUGCUGCCCUGGAGCAGUGAGCAGAGCUUUCAUUACUCCACUCUCCUCCCUGAAACUGCCUUUCUCACUGUAUGCUUGCCUCCGUCAUACGAGGAGGCUACCAUGAAAACCUCAAUGGAAGAGGACCACAUCCAGCUCUUUCAAGAUCCAGUGCCUCCUUACGAAGAGACAAAACAGCAGUAAAACCUAUGGAAAUAACUAUGGCUGCAGUUCUCAUGGUUUAAAAGAAGGGGGGGACUCCAAACAAGAGAAUAGCUACAAUCAUAAAGGAACUUUGACCGGUUAAUAUGCUUAAUUAUGCCAUUUUUAAACGGCACAGAAAACAAAACAAAAAACUCUACAAGAUUGCUGUGUAGGAGAAAACAAUGAAAUUAAUGCUGUACCUCAGAUUUUUCUGCACUAUUUGACAUAAGCAAAGGUGUUUUGGAAGGCUAAGUCUGAGCAAUGUGGACUGUAGCAGCUGUGGUAAAAAACAAUUAUGCUGGGGACUUUUUUUACACAGAGAGACACACACACACACCAAUAACUGAAAGGGCUUUAACGUUUUUUUAAAAAAUUGCACUAACUUGUUGAAGAUUUUAACGAAUAGUCAAAAGUCAAAAUAGAGACUGCAAUGACACUUAACAUGAAUCUGAAAAGUGAGGGCUGAAGAUGCCUAUUUACCAGUUAAUACCAUCAUUAUGUUUGACAGUGGGCUACUAUUAUGCUACAGGCCUUCCAUUGUUCUUCUGACAGCUGUGAAGUCUGAAUACAAGUAAAAACGACCCAGAAAGGUCCAGGCCUUCUAUGGAAGACAGACUUGUGGCAAGUAAUGACACAACAAUGCAGCAAUGCGAUAGGGUCUACAGAGUGUACAGAACGAUUUCACGUUGUUUUAUACUUUUAAUUAAAGAAUACACAAGUCAUGUAACCAUUCAGCUCUGAGUGUAUGGUGGACUAAAUCUAGCGAAAUAAAAAAAUAAA